AUGGGACAGAUAGCACAACAGUUAGCUUUAAACUCUCAAGCCCCUGGCACCCUACCUAGUGGUAUGGUGACAAAUCCGCGGGAACAUAACACUGUUAACGCUGUCACAACCCGAAGUGGAAAGGCAACAGAGGAAAAUGAUAUAGAAAAAGAUGGAUUAAAAGAGGUGGAUUUAGAAAUCAAGGAAACAAAAGUCCAAGAUGAAGAAGCAAUACCACCUCCUGUCAAGGAGAAGGAGAAGGUUCCUAAACCCAUAAUCAAACUCCCUUACCCUCCACGACAGAAAAAGAAAAAUCAACAUAAGAAGAAAUUUGAGAAGUUUUUGGAGAUGUUCAAAAAACUCGAAAUCAAUAUCCCUUUUUCUGAAGCAUUGGAACAAAUGCCAAUAUAUGCCAAGUUCAUGAAAGACAUAAUUUCCAAGAAGCGUUCCACUGAUACGGAACCUAUCAUCCUAACUGAAACAUGCAGUGUCGUUCUCCAAGGAGCGAGUGUAAGUUUGAUGCCACUGUCCAUCUAUAAGAAAUUAGGCGUCGGUUCUAUUCAAGAUACUCGAAUGACCCUUCAGUUUGCGGAUCGUUUUGUUAGGCGACCCUAUGGUAUUGUGGAAGAUUUUCUUGUAAAAAUUGACAAGUUUGUCUUUCCAGUCGACUUUGUCAUUCUGGAAAUGCUGGAGGAUGAGGAGAUUCCUCUCAUAUUGGGAAGACCUUUCUUUGAAACAGGACAGUGUAUGAUAGAUAUUGAGGAAGGAACUAUGACCCUCAAGGUCUAUGUUGAAGAGUUAAAGAUAAAUGUGAGGAAUACAAUGCAAUACAAAGAUGAUAUCGACACUAGCAACACUAUAGAGAUAAUCGACCAAGUAAUUGCUCAAGAAAAUGACCAGCAUACACCCCGGUCACCUCUAAACUGGGUCUUAAGCUUGUCCAUUUUUGACAGUAAUGAAGAUGAAGAAGAAUCUGAGGUCCAAAAUGCCCUCGCGGAGAAUCCUCACCGGAAAGCAACAACUUGCGAAGAUGGCGAAGUCACGGAAGGGCCUGAGCCAGAACCCUAA